UUUGAUCCCCUUGCAACCAACAAUAAUUCUUGCUCCAACAGACCGGUUACAUACGUCGUAUAAUAUCAACUUUGUUACCUGUAUAAAAGACACCUGUCCACAGAAUCAAUAAAUCAGAUUUCAACCUUUCCACCAUGGCCAAGACCAAAAAGCUGUCUAGCAUGGAGGUGGAAACAUUAUGCUUUGUGGAUGUUUCUCUGCUAAGGGGACAGGACGACUUCCCUGCAUCGAGGAGAGGAUGUACGGGGCCAAGUACCGUGAAAAUCUUGGCCGAUAGCCUCCUUCCCUCAGCCAGGACACUGAAAAUGGGUCAUGGAUGGGUCUUCCAGCCGGACAAUAAACAUUAACAUACAGCCAAGGCAACAAAGGAGUGGCUAAAGAAGAAGCACAUUUAUGUGAUGGAGUGGAGCCGGUCUCUGGACAUUAAUCCCAUAGAAAAUCUGUGGAGGGAGCUGAAGCUUCGAGAUGCCAAGCAUCAGCCUCAAAACCUUAAGGAUUUGGGGAGGAUCUUCAGAGAGGAGCGGACCAAAAUCCUUCCUGAGAUGUGCACACACCUGGUGACCAACUACAAGAAGCGUCUGACCUCUGUGUGUCCAACAAGGGUUUCUCCACCAAGUUGUGUGGAGAUACACUGGAGACCUACCUAAAGAUUUACCAAAGAACGUGAGACUCAUGAAGUGGUUACCUCAGAAUGAACUCCUAGCCCAUCCCAAAGUGAGAGCCUUCAUCACACAUGGAGGUUCCAACGGUGUCUAUGAGGGUAUCUGCCAUGCUGUACCCAUGUUGAUGUUUCCACUGUUUGGGGACCAGGGGGAAAACGUGCACCGCAUGGUGGCACGCGGUGUCGCAGUUAAACUUGGAAUUUACGAUGUGACGACUGAAAGCCUACUAGCUGGACUAAAUGCUAUCAUCCAUGACAAAAGUUACAAGGAGAACAUAGUGAGGCUGUCUGAGAUUCAUCUGGACCGUCCUGUCCCGCCUCUGGACCUGGCUGUUUUCUGGACUGAGUUUGUCAUUAGGCACAAAGGAGCCGAACACCUCCGGGUCGCUGCACACGACUUAAAACUGGAUUCAGUACCAUAGCCUGGAUGUCAUUGGCCUUUUAAUCUUAAUUAUAAUCACUUUUCUGUGGAUGACACUGAAAUGCUGCUUAUUCUGCACCCGCAAGUGUUGCGGAAGGGGGACUCCAAAGAAAAAGAAAGAGUAGUGUUUAUAACAGUCACUACGUUUUAUAAGCUCUGUAAUGAAGUUGAUAACGUAUGUUGAAUCCAUCCAUUGAACUGCAAUUACUUUUAAUAAUGGUGUGUGUGUGUGUGUGUGUCUAUAAUUUGUCUGUUUGUACACUAUACUUCAAAUACAAUCUUUCCAAGUGCCCUUACUACAUUGUCUGUAAUCCAUGUGAAACAUGCUACUUGCUGUGAUUGAUUUAAGCCAUGCUCUGAAAAGCCAAAUCUUUUUUUUUUAAAAACUUGUUAGAAUUGAUUUGUAACACACUACAAAAGACAUUGUUGUACCUUGUUUAGAAACUUCCUUACAUUCAGGUUUCUCCACAGGACUCCUUUUUCUGCAGUACUGUUGUUGUAGGGGAAAUUAAUUGUGCUUCCUUUAAUUGUGGCUAUGGGUUGACUGUAAUUAUUUGCGGACAGAAGCAAAUAGUUUUAUUCUUACACUGUUUAGCUGAGUUAGUAAGCUAACAAGUGCAGUAUAACUAACUUUUGAAGUAUAAUUCAUUUAAACAGCAUACAUAAUAUGUCUACCCUCACAUGUAUUUCUCAGUAAGUCUUCAUCAUCACAAUAAAAGUCAAGCCAACUGCA